AUUUCGCUAGCGAUUUAUAAAACGCUCAUUAGAAUGCUAACACAUUUAAAUCUCUAAUUGAAAGUAAACCCGCACAGUGGCUAUUUCUACCUAACACAGCCAUUUCAUAGCCUUCAGCGUACGCGAGCGCGAUUCCUUCACAACGUGAGCAAUUGAAUAUCCCGCAGCAUUUAGCGCGUUGUGACGUAAAUCGGCUGAACAGUUAGUUUGCACUCGGUAAAUGCGAUAAUUGGACGAGAGAAUGAAGGAAACUCAAUUAAAUUUGUUACGCAUUUCCUUUGGCGUUUUAAGUUUCCUUUUGUAUUUAAAAGCUACAACAACAGCAGCGCUAACAGCUGCCGAAUGGAGACAACGAACUCCAGUACAAACGUUAGCUGCACAGCCGCGAAGCAAUGCCCUACAGCGCAACGUACGACGCUUGCAGCCUUUUACUCGUAAUGCUUUAUUAACUCCCACUGGUCAAAUAGCAGCUGAAGCUGAAGCUGCACACCGCCACAAUGAUGAGCACUCAGCGCUAACGAAAACGCUUGCAAAUACCCACUCGCGUUUUGUGCGAGCAGCAGAUGAUGCCGGCGGCGAGGCGGACAGCGGUGCGACUUCGCAGUGGUUCAGCGAUAAUUUUGGACAAAUGAUGCAAACGUUGGUUGAGUUGGCGGGAAUUGUUAUUGGUGCUAUCUGGAGGCUUUUUGCCUAGCAAUUUAAUGGCGAUACGAAUGAGUGAGGCUAUGUAGAAAGCAGCAGGUGAAAGGAGUCAAGGCUGAAUGUAAAUACAUACAUAUGUAAGUUUGAAUUUCAAUUGCUGAAGGUUAUGCAAAUACUAUGUGAAUGGAUGGAGCUUGCUGUAAUUAACGUUAAUUCUUUGAUUACUUUAAACGCUGUUCGGUACUUGAUAACGUUUAU